CAAUUUCAUGAGUUUAUAACAGGGGUAUCGCCUUCUGUUGGGCAAAAAAAUUUAUAUAAGCACAGAAGCUCUCGAAGAAUACAUCUUCAAUUCUAUAACAACACAAUAUAAUUGAUACGAUAGGUUAGACGGACAUCAUGGCUGCUACUGCUGGAAAACCCAUUACCUGUAAGGCCGCCAUUGCGUGGGCCGCAAACGAGCCGCUCUCCAUUGAAGAUGUUGAGGUUGCAGCCCCAAAGGCGCAUGAAGUUCGCAUUCAAAUUCUAUACACCGGCGUUUGUCACACAGAUGCAUACACGAUAUCAGGAAAAGACCCGGAGGGAGCUUUUCCCGCUAUUCUUGGCCACGAGGGUGCCGGAGUGGUUGAGUCAGUAGGCGAAGGAGUUACUAACGUCAAACCUGGUGACCAUGUUAUCGCUCUCUACACGCCGGAGUGUGGUGAAUGCAAGUUUUGCAAGUCUGGCAAGACUAAUCUAUGCCAGAAGAUUCGUGCCACUCAGGGUAAAGGUGUGAUGCCUGACGGCACCACUCGCUUCAAGGCCCGUGGGAAAGACCUAUUCCAUUACAUGGGAACCUCGACAUUCUCUCAGUAUACGGUUGUUGCGGAUAUCUCAGUUGUCGCCAUUAACAGCAAAGCACCAUUUGAUCGAGCUUGCCUCCUGGGCUGUGGUAUCACUACUGGUUACGGUGCUGCAACUAUCACAGCCAAUGUGGAAAAGGGAUCUAACGUCGCCGUCUUUGGCGCUGGGUGCGUUGGACUCUCUGUGAUUGAGGGUGCAGUGAAGAAUGCAGCUGGCAAAAUUAUUGUUGUUGACGUGAACGACGAGAAAGAAGCCUGGGCUCGCAAGUUUGGUGCAACUGACUUCGUCAACCCCACCAAGCUUGGGAAACAGACUAUUCAAGAAAAGCUUAUUGAGAUGACGGAUGGCGGAUGCGACUACACUUUUGACUGCACCGGCAAUGUCGGCGUUAUGCGCGCUGCUCUAGAAGCUUGUCACAAAGGCUGGGGUCAGAGCAUUAUUAUUGGUGUCGCUGCAGCUGGCCAAGAGAUUUCUACUAGGCCGUUCCAACUUGUCACUGGAAGGGUGUGGAGGGGUUGCGCAUUUGGAGGUGUAAAGGGUCGAUCUCAACUGCCUGGUCUUGUGGAAGAUUAUCUUCAAGGGGAUCUCAAGGUAAAUGAGUAUAUUACGCACCGCGAAACACUCGGUGAUAUGAAUACCGCUUUCCAGAAUAUGAAGAGUGGUAACUGCAUUCGCUGUGUGGUUGACAUGGCUUAACUUGUUAGCUCAUUGUCCGCAGAUCUGGAGUUGUAUGAGUACGAUCCAGAAAGGAAAAAGAGGAGACCAGCAAACCACUCUCAGAUGAACAUAUAAAUGGGAUUUAUUUAGAAGAACAUACUUUUGCUUAGUAC